AUCAAUGUUUUCAACCCCUCACUCCCCAAGUGGCAACUGAUCUGAACUGAAAUGAAUUUGGUUCACCGGAGAGUUCAUUGCAAAAUGUCAACUCCUGUUGACGUUGGGUGACAGUCAUCUGUUCGCAUCCAGGAGCACUCGAUUGACCAGUUGGAAUUGUUUUGCGCGUGAAAACUAAACCGUAGAAUCGACAAACAACAGCGAUGGUGCUGCUGAGGCCAAUGUUGAACGCUGCCAAACGCAUUCCGCUGAUCAAAUUUCGUAAGGGAGGCCCUUAUCUGGAGAGCAGCAGUGCCGGACAUCCUGCCUCUGCAGCUGCUGCCGCUGGGACCGGCGGUACACAAACGAGAUCGGUUUCGUCGGGUGAGGCGAUCGAAGAAUGGCAGCUACCCGCCAGAUACCGCAGGAAGCCAAUUGACGAUGUAGAAAUCGAUUGGAUCAAUCGCGGAGGACCACCGGCGUAAGACGCAUUUCAGCUUCUUCCACGCCGCUCGGGAGUUGAGCCUAGUCACUAAAAGCUAGUGCAGUUAUAUACAAACGCAUUACUAAACCAUCAUUAUCAUCAUCGAGUUCAUACAUGUGUACCCCGUAAAUAAUUAUCGCCAAACGUUGACCUUUCAGCUAGGAAAUUUUGUACUGCCACUCUUGCAGAUAACAGCAGAAAUCUCUUUCGAAAUCUAAUGAAUAAAACAUCGAACGACGCAGAAUUGAAACCUAUCAAUAUCAAAACGAUGGUGCUAAAGCGGGCAAAAUUUUGAGAAACUGAUUGCGAAUGCUUAUAAAUUGCUGCAACGAGAGCCCAGCCAGAUCGUGUCCUUUUUGUGCGUGUUGGAAUCAUUUCAGUGACCAAAUAAUUACUUACAAUUGAGAGAACUGUUUUAAGAUCAUCUGAGUCGGAGUUGAAUGGAAUCAACAAAUUUCAAAAUUGUAUUUAUUAAAUAUGAUUCAAAUAAAGCUUACGAAAAUGAGUAUAA